GGAAAGACGAACAAGCGUUGCCCUGAUCCAAGACUUUGAUAGGAUAAGAAGGUUGUUUGCAACAUCGGUAUUAUUAUCUACGACAGUGCCUGUCGCUUGUAAGUGUUGUAGCACGUCCGCACAGCACAAGAACUUUGCCACAUUUUUGAAAUAACAAGCAAGACACUGCGUCAGUCUAUAGAAUUUUUGCACGAAGGAAUUAGUCCCUGGGAAAGCAAAAUGAUGAGGUCGUCUCUUCGUACCAUCAUGGCGCUUUCUGUCGCCUUCACUUUUGCUACUAUCAACAUGCUCGACUCUGUGAACGGCCGGCGAAUGAGAGGCGCAGAAAGACCUCCUCCAUCCGGCUGGGGCAUGCGCCGGCGUGUUAAUGCUAGUACACGGGCAUCAAGUUCAAGCCGCGAAGGGCCAACGGCGUCGACGAUACCG